AUGAUUAGCGUCAUGUUGAGAUUUCCAGGUAAAGUGGCGAGAGUCUGCGCUUGUCGCUUACCGAAGAACGAGGUAAGAUCUUACACUUCUGCGCUUUUCAUUCCUGGAAACAAAGCCAACAAAACCUUUGCUCUACUUUCGCCGCACUUGGAUUUUGACAAACGUUUUGAAGACCUUGAAAAAUUGCGCAAAGAACUUGAGUUGCGGGGUACUAAGAUUGACGCUGACGAACUAGCGAAAACUUGGCAGUUUUACAGGUACAUUGACACUAACAGAUGGGCACUAGAGCAUAAGCGAAACGAAAUUGCCCAGAGCAUGAAAAGGUUGAAGAAGAAAAAAAUUUUGAGCAGUGAGGAAGAAAAGGAAAAGAUACAGCUCAUCACACAAGGCAAAGUCCUGAAACAGGAGCUGAGAAUCGUCAAAGAAGCUUUAUGGGAAAUGGAAGAGAACGUUGUAGUCAGAGCUUUGAAAUUACCCAAUGAAUUACACGAGAGAACCCCACCGGCCAGUCCGGUAAUAUUGAAUCAAGUCGGUGAGAAACAAGAGCCAGAAGCAAGUGAGAUUAAGAGUCACUUAGCGGUUGGUUCCUCUCUAGGUUUGAUCGACUACAAAAAUCCAUUGAGCUGCUAUCUGUGCGACGAAGCUGCACUCUUUGAACUUGCAGCAUUGAGUUACGCGGGCAAAUAUUUGACAGAAGCUGAAAUGAUAAGAGUAGCCGGAACAGACUUCGCUUAUAGUCUUCUCGUUGAAGCUGCCGGCUUCGAUCACCAAGAUCCUCUGCAAACUUUCCUGCUUCGGAUGAACGAAGAGCAUGAUCCUGACAACUGCAAUCGUCUCCAUCUCGUCGGUGGCGCUACUCUCAUCUCUUUUCUUGCAAUGCACACCAAACAACUCAUCAAUCCAAGUCACCUUCCUGUUCGAUACUUCGCAACUGGACGACAAUACGUCCCACAUGCCGAAGGCACUGCGACCAACGGACUUUUCACCAUUUGCCAAUCUUCCGUUGUACAUGCUUUCGCAUUGGUACAAGAUCCACUCUCUCCUGAGUAUAUGGCUCAGUUUGAACUUAUUCUGGCGACCGUCACUUCCUUGUACAACAAUCUCCAAGUACAUUAUCGUACGGUCAUGAGGUCUGCGAACGAACUCAAACCUUGGGAAAGCCUUAGAGUCUCCUACGAAAUGUGGUCUCCUCAUUUGCAAGAAUACGUCGAGAUCGGUCACGUCUCGCUGUGUGGACGAUACUUGAGCAAACGUCUCCUCAUCGCCUAUCAAACACCUACGGGGAGAGACUUUCCAGCUAUUAUUAGCGGCACUGUUCUCUCCGUUCCGAGAUUACUCGCUUGUUUGCUCGAACAAGAUCCCAAACAAUUUCGUAUUCCCACGGAAAUUGCUCAGCACAUGCGAUCUUUUUCGUAAAAACGAUGAAUUCGACUAUCGAGUUCCCAUCGCUACGAUGCGCUCGAAUUUUUUAAUAUUUUUCGCCCAUCAAAUAUUCAAUCAUAAAAUUCAUCCAAAAAAUUCAUCGGAUCGAAUUCAUUUCAGGAAAUCGAUUUACGGAUUUACAGAAUUUUGAAAAUUCGAAUAAAAUUUUCGUAGCAUCUUCUCGAUGGGAACUGCAGUACCAUCAAAGUCUUGAGGUUCUGUACAUUGUUAUUCUUUACAAAUGUAUAUGUUCACACGUUUCUAAAGAAACUAACCAUUGUUAGACAUUUGUUAAUAAAAAAUUCAAACUCCA